CUUUCUAUGUAUAAACUGAUUUGGCAAUGCGUCUGAGUUAAUUGCAGGAAUGGGAACUGAAGUACAGUCAAAGAUGUAUCUACCAGGAUAUUAUUCCGUACAGAAACUAAGUAGCAAUGUUGUUGGCCAUGGUAGCUGGUCCCUACUCCAUGAGAACAAAAACUUGAAGAAUGGGCAACAAUAUGAAUUAUUCUUGACAAGGCCGAUUAUGGAUGGAUUUCAUGGACGCGAUAAGGAACAAAUGAGGCAAACUAUACUGAAGCAUGAGUCAGUAUUCAGGCAUCAGCUCAAUGAACUCCGUCGUCUUUACGAAAGGCAAAAGUACUUGAUGAACGAGAUCAAAAGCAAAGAACUACUCAAACAUCAAAAAGUAGCAGGGACAUCACUAUCAACUUUCUCUUCCUCUGGCUUUCCAAAUGAAGAUGACAGAAACAGUAGGCAUAAUUCUAAUUUACCCUUGGUUGAUUCCAGCUUUGGUAGACCAUGUACAUCGAGUACUGGUAUCAGCCAAUCUCCUUGUAAUUCUAUUGGAAAAACCCUGCAAACCAGUGGUGGCCCCAGCGAAAGUAGAGUCAGGAUGAAGGACCACGAAUCUAUGGAUUCCAGAGGGAAGAAGCCUCGGAGAAGAUUGUUCAAUCUUGAACUUCCAGCCAAUGAAUACAUCAGUGAUGGAGAGGAACCAGAAGGGGUUUUCAUGGGGUCAGGUACAGAAAAUUAUCCUCCUAACAGAAAAAAUGAGGUUACUCCGGCAAGAGAUGAUAUUUUAUCUAAUCACAUUGGUGAAACAUCCGGCUAUAACAAUGUUUUGCAUAUAGAAAGAAGCGGUGGUUUGACUGAUCUGAAUGAACCUAUUCAGAUAGACAGAGUGUCCGCUUCAACUUCUGUCUUUAAGUUUGGCAAUGACUUCAGCUCCAAAGAGGAGAUAGAAAGGCAGGUUUUAUCUGCAAAUGCCUACAAAGGUGUCUGGCCUUUUGCAAAGGAAUUCCCUGAAAACCCACAAAUGGGGAAGGAUGGAAGAGUUAGUAAUCUGCAUUUAAAGAACGAAAGGCACCAAAAAGAGUGGUCAACAAAUGCUCUCAAGGCUGGUAAGGAACUAGUUAUCUAA